AUGCCUCCUCUCCGUAGCGCCCAGCCUCCGAAAAUACUGAUGCUACAUGGCUAUACACAAUCUGGACAGCUUUUCCAUGCUAAGACGCGAGCUCUUGAAAAACACCUGCAAAAAGCAUUUCCAGGAUCAAUUCUAUCCUACCCAACCGGGCCUCUCCGCUUGGACCCCUCGGACGUGCCUGGCUUCGAUUCUUCCAAUGCUUCGGAUAGUGAUGACGUCGAAGUCCGUGGAUGGUGGAGGCGUUCCAACACUGCAAACCCUCCGGAAUACCUCGGGAUGGAAAAUGGGUUCUCCGAGGUCGCGAAAACACUGACCACCGAAGGACCUUUUGAUGGUGUGGCAGGUUUCUCUCAAGGUGCUGCUCUGGCCGCUAUGGUGUCAUCUCUAUUGGAAGGUCAAAGACGGAAAGAUGCUUUCCAAAGCUUUCAUUCUCAGUCCUCGCUCUCAAUUCCCUUCCCUUCCUCAUUCAUCGACAUACAACACCCGCCUCUAAAAUUCUGCAUCAUGUACAGCGGAUUCGUUGCCCCAGGCGAACGGUACCGCGCCUUUUACGAUCCCCACGUCUCGACUCCGUCCUGCCACUUCAUUGGCAGUCUUGACAGUGUGGUUGAGGAAAGCCGUUGUCAAGCUCUUGUCGAUGCGUUUGGUGGCGGGGCCAAGGCUCAAGUGGUCUACCAUCCAGGAGGGCACUUCUUACCAAGCAGUAAGCAAUUUCUGGAUGUGCUCGCUAGCUUCAUAGACAACGCGACCGCAGCUGCUACGCCUGCUACGCAAAGGAGGAUGAAGGGAAAAGAAGAGUCGGCCGAGGAUUUGGACUUGCCGUUCUGA